CUUGGGCACCGAUGAGACCACCGCCAUCUGCAGGUCGGUCUGUCAACACAGAACGACUAGAUGGAUUCAAGCGGUCGUUCAAAUUGCAAUGGCUAUUGCGACAAAUGCUACGGACUGUUUUCGACAGCCGAGGCCCUCGAAACCCUGGCGUCUCCUGCGGGCUAUUGGCAUCACAUUGGAGCUGAAGCGAAAGCGUCUGCAGACCGAGGAUGUCCGCUGUGUCAGAAGCUGGUGAUAAAAUGGCCAGAUCGCAUCAGCAGAGACACGGAUCAACUCGUGUGUUGGGCUGCCCGUGGUCGUAGUCGCUGCCAGACAAACCCCACUGCGGCCUUCCCGGAGACCAAGGUUUCGGUCCCAUAUAUCUUCGACGGCCUCAUCUGUUACCGCUACGGGCCUGGGGAGCAUUCGCACCAGCGCUGGCUCAAAACAUUUACCCUCUUUGCAGAUUCAGACGACAACGCCGCUUCUCUGCUUCCCAUCAGACCUCCGAUUAUAGAUGUGGGAAGUGAGCCGGCCCUUUGGAGAGCGCGCCAGCUGUUCGAAGCCUGCCGAGACAGUCACCAACUCUGCCCGCGCGCAAGAACGCCCCCACUUCCGACACGAGCUAUCGAUGUCGGGACCAUUGAUAGUGGAGACCAGGUUAGACUCUACAUCGCAAGUCCGGGAGAGCUCCGAGACUACGUAGCCCUUAGCUACUGCUGGGGCGGACCGCAGCCCGUUCUUCUGACGACCAAGAACCUCAAGGGGAUGACGGCGAGCAUCCCCGUCGACUCGCUCCCACAGACAAUCAAGGACGCCAUCAAGGUCACUCGAGGACUUGGAAUCCGAUUCCUGUGGAUCGAUGCACUCUGUAUCAUCCAAGAGGGAGACGACAGCGACAAGCUUAGAGAGAUUGGUCGAAUGGGCAAGCUGUACAAGAAUGCGACGGUUACUAUCUUCGCAGCAUCCGCGAAGGCAGUCUCAGACGGGUUUCUACAGCCUCGUCCUGCCCUGCCUAGCCUCGCUCUUCCGUUCAGAUGCGCCGAUGGGGCUGUAGGGACGGCACAGCUCACGUAUGGAGCUAAUCAUAACUUUAUGCAUCCGCUGAACACGCGAGGUUGGACUUUGCAAGAGUCACUCCUCUCCCCGAGGAAGCUGGUCUAUGGGGAGAAGGAGCUCGUCUGGGACUGCGAGACGCAGCAGAAAACGGGGCUCCAAAGCAGCUACUUCGAGCCAGCUUGGUCGUUCCGACAUCUCCCUCCAGAAAUAUUCACACCGAACGGUGGCGUCAUCACCGCCUCCAAGGCAGGCGAUGUUUGGGGAGGUGUUCUAGGCGAGUUCACGAUACGGAAGCUAUCUUUCCCGGAAGACAGACUUGCCGCGGUUGCGGGCGUUAUCACGGAGCUUAGUUCCGUCUUUCAAGACGAAUGCGUGUUUGGGCUAUGGCGUAGAAACUUCAUCCACCAGCUCGCCUGGUACGGACGGGGCUUGCCCUGUGCGGUGGACGAGAAUGCGAUCUUGAACUGUGCUCCCGAAUGGUCCUGGGCGUCACGAGUAUUUGAGACAGGCUUCCUGUCGUUUGAGCCCGAGGAUAAGGAAGACUGGGAGGUCCGCGACAGGGAGGUCGUCCUGCAUCGAAGGCUGAGAAGGGGACACGAUAUCCCGGCCGGCCCGAGCAACAACUGGUAUGUCUACCUAGAUUUCAAGGAGCCCGAGGCCGAGCGUAAGCCUUAUUACGCUCGGUUUUGCUUUGAGCAGGACGGAAAAGACGUGUUUUACUUCCCUCUCGGUUACGGUGCAGGAAAUAGCAACAGCGAGAUUACCAUGGCCGUGGUUCGGGAAGGGCGCGAGGGCACGUUCCGUCGGGUUGGGAUUGUCAACAACGUAAGCGGUAAAAGUUGGUUUGAGCAUGUUGAGAAGCAAAGCAUUAUACUUGUUUGA